GCUGAAUUCCCCAGCAUGGGCCACCACGUGGCGCAGUUGGCUCUGUUCGUCGGUGACCCAGAUGAGGACAUCAGCCGGCAGGCCAGGGAGGGGGUUUACCGGCUCUACCAGUUCCUGCUGCGCCAGAGGGACCUGAACAUCCAUGAGGUCGAAGACCUUUGGUGCUGGGACUGGCACCAGGACAACAGGCUCCUCGGCUAUAAGAACACCGCCAGGGUAGGGGAGGUUUUUGCCAAAUUUUUCUCGGAGGGGCAGAGAAGAUUCUUCCUGCAGACGGCAGUGCUGGCCAUGCACGACCCCCUGCUGCGUGUCAGCCAGGCUGGGCUGCUCCUCACUUACUCCCUCCUGGGGCAAGCCGAGCAGCUGAUGGGGAGCACGCAGGAGGUCGUCACGGCCAACAUAAUGAAGCAACUUCACAUCAUCCGGCACUUGCGCCAAGUGCCGGAGGCGCUGCAGGAAUUCUGCCUCCAAGGCCACCAGCAACUCCUGCUCCCUCUAAACGGGGAGUGUAGUGAGACUGAGUGGCCUCCCUCCGAGCAGGAGAGCGAGGGCCCCUCUACACGCCCCUUGGAGGGCAGAGCCUAUAUUGCCCCACCCCCCUUGCCUGUUGGCUGGCCACCGGGGCCUCUGGUAGACUCUGUUGCAACUGAGCGGCCUCCCUCCGAGCAGGAGAGCGAGGGCCCCUCUACACGUCCCUUGGAUGGCAGAGCCUAUAUCGCCCCACCCCCCUCGCCUGUUGGCUGGCCACCGGGGCCUCUGGUAGACUCUGUUGCAACUGAGCGGCCUCCCUCUGAGCGGGAGAGCGAGGGCCCCCCUACAGGCCCCUUGGAGGGCGGAGUCUAUAUCGCCCCGCCCCCCUCGCCAUAAGGACCGGGGCGUGGGGUCGGAAAUAUAAAAGGCCGGCCCUUCACCACAGUUGGGGGACAGCCUGCAACAGAGGAGGACACUUGGCCUGUUCUCCAGAGUCCCCUACCCCUAACCCCAGACAUGGACGAGGACUGGCCCGGAGUACCCGCUGCGGUUUACCCCAAGGAGCCGGAAGAGGCCUGGAGGCCGCAGGUACCAAACCCCGGGGAGGCAGGAAGUAGCCCAGGGGCAGCCCGGGAGCUGCUGGCUGCAGAGCCCGGCGCGAUUCAGUCGGCGUGUUGCGGCUGGAUCCCCGCCGACGCAGGGGCAACCAAUCCUGCCCGUGCCAGCGCCUUGGGCUGGGACGCGGGGGAGGAGG